GCAGGAGCGUCGGAUUGGUCCCAGAAUCAACCAAUGGCGUGGCUUGGUACUGGGUCAGUGUGAAGUUGGUCUUCAGCAGGAAGCAUGCUGCGUCGUGAGGCGAGAAUGCGGAGGGAAUACCUCUACCGUAAGGCGCAGGAGGACAGGCUGCGGAGCAUCGACGAGAAGAAACAGCAGCUCAAACACGCGCUCGAAGAAAACCGCCUGAUCCCCACGGAGCUGCGACGCGAGGCGCUGGAGCUGCAGAAGGUGCUGGAGUACGACGACGAGGGGGGCGAAGGGGUGAGCACCCAGAUUGAUGACGAGUACAAGUGGGCUGGCGUGGAAGAUCCCAAGAUCAUGGUGACCACCUCGCGGGACCCCAGCUCCAAACUCAAGCAGUUCGCCAAGGAAGUCAAGCUGAUUUUCCCAAACGGCCAACGCAUGAACCGAGGGAAACAUGACAUCGGCGCGCUGGUGCGGGCGUGCAAGGCCGGAGGGGUGACCGACCUGGUCAUCGUUCACGAGCACAGAGGGGUACCAGACGGGCUGGUGGUCUGCCACCUACCCUUUGGUCCCACCGCGUACUUCACCCUCGCCAACGUGGUGAUGCGUCACGACAUCCCAAAGAUUGGCACCAUGUCCGAGGCCUACCCGCACCUCAUCUUCCACAACCUGACCUCAAAGCUAGGCCUGAGGGUCACCAGUAUCCUCAAGUAUUUAUUCCCCGUCCCGAAGGAAGACAGCAAAAGAGUAAUCACAUUCGCUAACCAGGAUGACUUCAUCUCUUUCAGGCAUCACGUCUACAAGAAGGGCGAUCGCAAGAAUAUCGAGCUGUCUGAGGUUGGGCCCAGGUUCGAAAUGAAAUUGUAUCAGAUUAAGCUGGGAACGCUGGAAAACGAGAGUGUCUCUGACACGGAAUGGCGUUGGCACCCGUACACCAACACCGCCAAGAAGAGAGGGUACCUGAGUGUGGAGUCGGACGCAUCUUCCCGCCCCCUGCCCUAGCCCGCUGCUGAGAGGGGUAGGGGGGGGAGCGACACAGUCGCUGUCGGAGCGCCUCACCGCGCGGUGAAGUGGCAGAAACGGGUUGGCGCUGGCCCCUCUCCCUGGACUGACCGACCCCGGCGUGGGUGACCACCCAGCGAUCCUGUCCCUGACGGCCAUUCGGACCCUGCUGCUGCUGGUCAGUGAGCGGGCUGUGGCUGGGCCCCGGGAUGUGGACACUCAGCUGCCUGUCUCUUGUUGUUUCAUGGCGCGGUGGGUCAUCAGGGGUUAGGCUGUUCGAGUGUACCUUCACCCUCCAUUCAUGCUGUCUCUCCCUCACUCCCCCUCGCUGUGUCCCCCUCCCUCCCUCUCUCCCUCGCUUUGUCCCUACCUCCCUUCCUCGCUGUGUCCCUCUCUCCCUCACUGUGUCCACCUCCCUCCCUCCCUCCCUUCCUCGCUGUGUCCCCCUCCCUCCCUCGCUGUGUCCCCCUCCCUCCCUCACUGUGUCCCUCCCUCCCUCGCUGUGUCCCUCCCUCCCUCGCUGUGUCCCUCCCUCCCUCGCUGUGUCCCUCC